AUGUCAGCCUCUGUCUACAACCAUGCUCACCCGUUGCUGGGCAUCGCGGUGCCUGAUCCACUCGGACCGGGCGUCACCUGGCGUAAUACACUGGUUAUUUCUGAGCUCCUCUCUCGCCUAGGCCACCAUGAAGAGUUGUUUCCGAUCCUGUUUCCAGUCGUCGGUUAUGUCAAACUGGUGGCCGAGGCGUCUCUCUUAUUCCUAAACCCAAGGAUUCUACGCAAAUUCGAACUCGACGAAUUUCAUCUCCAGCAGGAUAUUACUCUGGGACAGAAAGAGGACAAGAUUAGCCUUGAACUGGAGCUCCAGUCUACGGGUAGUCAUGAGCGAGACGGAGAGAGAACUGACUUCGUCAGCUUUCGAAUCCGGAGCAGGAAUGCCGACAGCGAAAAUGUGGCCAAACAGCUCAAUUCACUUGGCUGCGUUUGUUUGAGGAGCUCGAUUCAUCGUCCAGCAUUGCCUGCCACGGGCCUUUCCCAUUCAGAUACACCAACCAACGCCAGUGCCAACCAGACUUCUAGACCGAAAGUUCUCAAGACUCUUCCAAUGUCAUACGGUCAGUCCGGCUUCUGGUUUAUGACCCAGCUUGUUGAGGACCCGACAUUCUUCAAUGGCACCGUCACCUUCCUGAUCACGACUAAAACCAAGCUCGAUGUUGAGGUACUUUCGCGGAUAGUCGAUGAGAUGGCUAUGCAACAUGAAGGGCUCCGAACUGCCUUCUUCACUGACCCGGAGACUCGCCAGCUUUUUCAGGGGGUUCUGAGCAAAUCUCCACUUCGUUUGGAAACCAAAACCAUCACAUCCCCGGCACAAGUUCGCUCAGAGAUCGAGUCCCUCAACAGACACGUGUAUGAUAUCACCCACGGCCAGUUUCUCCGUCUUUUGCUACUUGCUGAGUCUCCAACCCGACAUCACCUCAUCGUUGGUUACCAUCACAUCAACAUGGAUGGAAUGAGCAUGCUGGCCUUGACUGAACACAUAAGGCUGGCCUACAGGGGACAACUCCUGCCGCCACCAUUUCAGCAAAACGAGUUCUCUACGCGACAGCGUGAGAGAUUGGAGGCAGGACAGCAUACAGAGGAUAUACUGUUCUGGAAAAACGAGUUUGAAGACCUUCCAGAGAUCUUGCCGAUUCUUCCGAUGUCGCCAAAUACCACAGUUCGAUCAUCACGACCAAUUAUAAGAACGACAUACCGCCAUGUGCGAGCUGAAACCAGGCUGAAGCCCGCAAUCACGACCAAGCUUUUAGAGCUACGCAAACAAGGCCAUCUUCAGUCCCCCUUCGUCCUGUACCUCACCAUCCUCCAAAUCCUCCUCGGUCGACUGGCCCAAACAGAUGAUGUGUGCAUCGGUGUUGCCAGUGCAAACAGGCAGAAUGAUGCAGAAUCUAUGGACAGCAUCGGUAUCUUCCUGAACUUAUUCGCACUGAGACUGCGUUCAGAUCUCUCCAAACCUUUUGUCGACCUCCUCCAAGAGAACAAGACCAAGGCACUGGCCGGGCUGAAACAUUCGGCUGUCCCAUUUGACGUCGUGCUUGAUGAGGUCGGUGCUGUUCGCCAUCCUUCUCACAGCCCGCUGUUCCAAGCCUUCAUCAACUACAUUCCAGUCGCAGAGGACAGGCCCUUCGGAGCUGAUGGCACGAUCAAGAACAGCAAUUACGAGAUUGGAGAGACGAUAUACGAUAUUAUGUUGGCUGUCAUUAAUCCGCCGGCAGGUGAUCCAUGGAUCGCGAUCAUGGUUCAGAAAGAGCUUUACACUCAACAGGAAGCGCAAAUCUUGCUCGAUUGCUUUCUUAAUCUCAUGGAAGCAUUCACUGAUGACAUUCAUCUUUCGGGCCGAGCGCCACAGAUGUUCAGCGACGUUGCUGUUCAAGACGCGACCAAGCUCGGCCAGGGAGUCAGCCUCGACAUGGACUUUGAUUCGUUGAUCAGUCAACUCGAUAGUAUAUCGGCCGAGCGUGCUCAGCAAAUUGCGCUCAAUGAUACCCAAGGGUCCAUGGUUUCCUAUAAAGACAUGAUGGCAAGGUCGACCCAGAUUGCUCACGCACUUUCCAUGUCAUCAAACGUGGUACCAGAAUCGAGAAUCGGAGUCCUUCAAGAGCCAACCAUCGAUUGGAUUUGUUCCAUGCUCGGGAUCUGGAGAUUUGGCGGGAGCUAUGUGCCUCUCGAAGCCACACAAGGAGCUGGGCGACUCAAGUCGAUUGUUCGUGAUGCCGACCUCGCCGCUGUUCUAAUUCACCAUACCACCCGCACCCUCUGCACAGAGAUAUUUACAGACGAACCACUGGUUAUUCAACCGGUCAUCCUGGACAUCAACAGCCUUGACAAUUUUUCUGGUGCUUUCAAUGGAUUCUACCACGCAAAACCUUCCGAUGAGGCCAUCGUCCUGUACACCAGUGGCUCGACUGGCGUGCCCAAAGGCAUUUCUCUCCCCCAUCGCAUGAUAACCAACACCAUCAACGGUUUCCUCCACGUCUUCCCGAUGAAGCCACAGACGGUCCUCCAGCAGAUUGCUCUCAGCUUUGAUGUGUCUUGGUGGCAGACUUUGCUUGGACUUGCAACAGGCGGCUCAGUGUUUGUCGCAGGCAAAGACGCUCGUCGAGAUCCAUUGGCGCUAACCGACCUGAUAGUAUCUCAAGGCAUCACUCUAACUCUUGCGGUUCCUUCAGAGGCCGUGUCAUGGCUCCAACAUGGCGUAGGCUUUGAUAAGCUACGCCAGUCAUCUUGGGAGCACCACAUUUCUGCUGGCGAGGCCAUCGGUCCCAAUCUAAUCAAGUUGUUGAGAGCUUUGCAGAAACCGGACCUUCGUUUCAUCAACGCAUAUGGCCCAGCAGAGACCAUUAUUCCCCAUGCUUUUGAAGUGCCUUAUCUGGACCUCGAUCUAUCACCUGUCAUUCCUAUUGGGAAGGUGCUGCCCAAUUACAGCGUUUACAUCAUGGAUGAGAACAACCACCCGUUACCAGCUGGUGUCCCAGGGCAGAUCGUCAUUGGAGGAGCAGGUGUUGCUUCUGGGUACAUCAAGCAGCCUGAGCUUACUGCUGCUCGGUUUCCAAAUGACCCCCUUGCCAACCCUCGGGCUGUAGCUAACGGGUGGACACAAGCGCAUUUGAGCGGUGACCGAGGAUACAUGCGUGAAGAUGGUGUGUUUGUUACUCUAGGACGAAUGAAUGGUGACACCCAGGUCAAGCUGAGAGGUCAGCGGUUUGAGCUGCGAGAGGUUGAAGCAGCUAUGGUGUUUGCCGGGAAGGGUGAUAUUGUGGAGGCUGUCUGUCAUGUUCGUCAUCGGGGAGACGACAAAGAUGCUGCCAGUGCGUUCCUUGUUUCGCAUGUGAUAUUGUCAUCCGAAGUGCAAAGGAGAUAUGGAGGUGCUACCGGGCCAGGUGUUGACAAGAGACUAAAAGAGAUUGUCUCUGAUCUUACGACACUGCCGCAGUACAUGCGUCCCUCGGUGGUAGUAGCAUUACCGGCUAUGCCCUUGAGUCAUCAUGGGAAGGUGGAUAGAAAAUUCCUUUCGAGGGCGCCUCUCACCAGAGAGGGGGGCAGAAUACCGGUUCCAAGUACCGCCAGACCGUCAACUGGGGCCAGAAUAUCGCACAACACACCCCUAAUGACGAGCCAUAAGACUGCCACUCCAAAGCUAGCCAGUAGAGAACCAGGUGCUGGCUCUUUUCUUCCCGAGAUGAAAGCGAUUUGGAGAGAGGUGUUGGGUGAACUCGUCGCUGACCAACAACUGGACCCCAACUCAGAUUUCUUUCUUGUUGGCGGCAACUCGCUGUUGCUCAUCAAUGUCAAGAACAAGAUUAAAGAGCGAACAGGUCACAAUAUACCAUUACCGAAUCUGUUUCAAGACAGCACACUCGGCAAGAUGGCUGCUGUGGUGCCCAUAAGAACUGCCCAUGCUCUUCGAGUUCAGCCGCCGGCAAAGACUGAACAACAAAGCAACACCCAAGACAAGUUGAAGCAGAUCUGGGCCUCGGUCCUAGGUGGCCUAGUGGACGGAACGACCAUGGGGCCAGACACAGACUUCUUUCUUGUUGGUGGCAACUCGUUGUUGUUGAUGAGCAUCCAGAGAGAGGUCAACAAAGCUUUUGGCGCCCUCCUUCCACUGCCAAAGCUUUUCGAGGCAAACACCCUGGCCAAGAUGUCGACACUUCUAGACGCUAGCCUCGCCGCCGCAAGACCUGUCAACUUUCCAAAGCCUGAAACCAUCAACUGGAACGACGAAGUGGCCUUCAAAGAAAGCUUCACGAAAAUCACCAGCCUACCUUACCCCCCCCCAGUAACAAACAUAACAAUCAUCCUAACCGGCGCCACCGGUUUUCUCGGCCGUCAUCUCCUCAACCGCCUCCUCCCCAACCCCCUCAUAACCAAAAUCCACUGCCUCGCCGUCCGAAACCCCUCCAAAACCCCCCCUAAUAUCCUCUCCCACCCCAAAAUAACCAUCUACCCCGGCGACCUCCGCGAUCCAAACCUCAGCCUCCCCCCCUCGACCACCUCCCAAAUCUUCACCCCCACCACCCCAACAACCAAGAUCAUAAUCCUCCACAACGGCGCCGAAAUCAACCACCUCCGCCCUUACCCCUCCCUACGCGCCCCAAACCUCCUCUCAACCAAAACACUCAUCAACCUCACCCUCCAGUUCUCCCUCCAAAACCACCCCCCUCCAACAUUCCACUUCAUCUCCACCGCCGGCAUAGCUCAACUAGGCACCACCGACCUCUACGAACAACCACUUUUGCUAUCCCAACCCCCUGACAGAACCGAAAACGGCUACAUCCUCUCCAAGUACGCCUCUGAGCAAUACCUCGCCAAUGCCCACAGGGAGUCCGGUUUGCAAGUGGUGAUCCACAGACCUUGUUACAUCCUUGGUGAGGACGCUCCAGAGUUGGAUGUAAUGCAUAAUAUUCUUUCCUACUCUGAGAAACUACACUCGGUGCCCAAAAUGCCGGCUGUGGAGCGGUGGUUGCAGUUUGUUGGUGUGGAGGAGGUGACGAGGGAUAUUGUUGGUAAUGUCCUUGAUGUUGAGACAAAGGGGGUGAGAUACAGGAACCACUGCGGAGACGAGGGGAACUGCGUGAGGUUGGAUCGGUUGGGGGAUUAUUUGACAAGAAAGCAUGGGGGAAAAGUGAGGUUUCAAGAGGUAGAGGCGGAGAGGUGGUUGCAAGAGGCGGAACGGGUGGGGUUGCCCAGGGAGGUGGGAGGAUAUUUGAGGGAUUUGAUAGGACGGAAUAGAGGGGAUGGUAGGCUUUGGGUUGUGCCGAAAGUGUUGAAGGGGAAAACAGGGGGAAGGGUGGGGUGGAGGAGGAAGGAGAGGUUGUGA